AUGAGCAGCUUUGCAAGGCGCAAUGAAGGGAAUGAUGCGUAUCUCAUGAAUCACCAAAUGGCAGUGCCUGGCUCGUACGGUCAGCCGGAGAGUCAUGAAUUCAAGCAAGAGAGCCAUGAUUUCAACACUGGAUCCAGUUCAUACCAUUUCCCUCAGCAUUCCUUCAACCCAUAUGGGUCCCAGUUUGGGCAGCCCUAUGGUCCACAGUCGAGUCUGUCUCCGGGGUUGCAGCAUUUGCAAUAUACGUCGGAGCAUUCGAUUCCAUCGAUGACAACACCAGAUGACCCAAGGCUACACCAUCCGCCGCAGUUCAUGUCGCAAUCGCGCUACCUGCAAGGGCCAAGGUAUCUGCCCCGCGACCCGCUGGGUGAAACAGAGAUUGAAAACCAGGAGUCUCACAAUGAGACUACAUUGUUAUCAGAGGCUGUAGUGCCUGCACUUAGUGGAUUCCCUGAUGUAAAAGAGUUUGAUCAACUGAUGCAGAACUAUGUCGAGGACCUAUCUAUCAAGAAGCAAGAUAAAGCGUUGAUAUAUGCUAAAAGAGCCCGUAACAUCAGAACUGUGUUGAUUGACCCUAAAGAUACGGCGGUGGAGUCGGCUCAAUUCCGGUUCUGGGUCAAAAAGAUGUUCAAGCUCCAAGCAGUGGGAUCGGAUGGUGCCCAAGGAACUGAUAUCCCGCUUCGUCAAGAUCUGUCCGACCUGCCAGGUGCGCCGUGGUGGAUCACGCCUGACACCACCCAAUUCGCGAAGAAGUUCCCCCAGACUGGAGAUGGUCUCUCGAUCCCCCAAACUGCCGUCGCCGCCAAUCUCACGACGAGAGUCGACGUUUGCUGUGGCUGGUUGGAUAGUCAUCAAAAUGUGCAAGGUCGCUCGAAUCUAGGUAACGGAGUUCGGUCGUUCCAAGGUCCCAUGGGUAAUCUUUCACACCCAAUUGCUGGCACCCUGGAUCCCUUCUCCACCGAUUUAUCCAUCCCUCCAUCCCAAUUGAGUUAUACAACGGGAUAUGUCCCGACACAUGGGGCUGCGCCUCAACGAGAGUUUUGA